ACUGUCCCUUCUCAAUGGCAUUAUCGUAAACCAACACCUUAACUGCAAAUCAUCACACACACUCUCUUUCUUCCCCAUCGAUCUCAACAUUUUCACUAUUCUCUGAAACCUCUCUUUAGGUUUCUUCAAAUCCACUUUUCUAAACCAAAACCUAACCACUUUCCAAUCUUCAGAAAUGCCUCUCAGACUCGAAAUCAAGCGAAAGCUUGCGCAAAGAUCAGAAAGAGUGAAGUCUGUGGAUCUACAUCCAACAGAACCAUGGAUUCUAGCAAGUUUAUACUCCGGGACUGUCUGUAUCUGGAACUACCAAUCUCAGACCAUGGCUAAGUCUUUUGAGGUUACUGAGUUACCUGUUAGGUCAGCCAAGUUUAUUGCACGCAAACAGUGGGUUGUUGCAGGAGCAGAUGAUAUGUUUAUUCGUGUAUAUAAUUACAACACAAUGGAUAAAGUUAAAGUAUUUGAGGCACACUCAGAUUACAUUAGGUGUGUGGCUGUUCAUCCCACCCUUCCCUAUGUGCUAUCGUCGUCGGAUGAUAUGCUCAUAAAGCUUUGGGAUUGGGAAAAAGGCUGGAUCUGUACCCAGAUAUUUGAGGGACAUUCUCAUUAUGUCAUGCAAGUGACAUUCAACCCUAAAGAUACAAAUACCUUUGCCAGUGCAUCUCUUGAUCGGACCAUAAAGAUUUGGAAUCUUGGUUCUCCUGACCCAAAUUUUACAUUGGAUGCACAUCAAAAAGGAGUGAACUGCGUUGAUUAUUUUACAGGUGGUGACAAACCUUAUCUAAUUACUGGUUCUGAUGAUCACACGGCCAAGGUAUGGGAUUAUCAGACCAAAAGUUGUGUCCAGACUCUAGAUGGUCACACUCACAAUGUAUCUGCUGUAUGCUUUCAUCCUGAACUUCCUAUUAUCAUUACUGGCUCUGAGGAUGGUACAGUCCGCAUUUGGCAUUCAACAACUUAUAGGCUUGAGAACACAUUGAACUAUGGUCUUGAAAGAGUUUGGGCUAUUGGGUACAUGAAGGGUUCACGUCGAGUUGUGAUUGGCUAUGAUGAAGGAACUAUAAUGGUCAAACUUGGUCGAGAAGAACCUGUAGCUAGCAUGGACAACAGCGGGAAGAUCAUCUGGGCUAAGCAUAAUGAGAUUCAAACUGUCAAUAUAAGGAGUGUAGGAGCAGAUGCGGAGAUUGCUGAUGGAGAAAGGUUACCAUUGGCUAUUAAGGAGUUGGGCACCUGUGAUCUCUAUCCACAAAGUUUAAGGCACAAUCCAAAUGGAAGGUUUGUUGUUGUUUGUGGGGAUGGUGAGUAUAUUAUAUAUACUGCCUUGGCAUGGAGAAAUAGGUCAUUUGGUUCAGCACUGGAAAUUGUUUGGUCUUCGGAUGGAGAGUAUGCUGUGAGGGAAACUACUUCAAAAAUUAAAAUUUUCAGCAAAACUUUCCAGGAAAAGAAGAGUAUCCGACCGACCUUUUCAGCAGAACGAAUAUUUGGUGGCACUGUAUUGGCGAUGUGCUCAAAUGAUUUCAUCUGCUUUUAUGAUUGGGCUGAAUGCAGAUUGAUUAGGCGCAUUGAUGUCAAUGUGAAAAACCUCUACUGGGCUGAUAGCGGUGAUCUAGUGGCGAUUGCUAGUGAUGCAUCAUUCUACAUUCUAAAGUACAACCGUGAUGUUGUUUCAUCAUACUUAGAUAGUGGGAGAUCUGUGGAUGAGCAAGGUGUUGAAGAUGCCUUCGAGCUCCUGCAUGAAAUGAGCGAACGUGUCAGGACAGGAAUCUGGGUUGGGGACUGUUUUAUCUACACCAAUUCUUCUUGGAGGCUCAAUUACUGUGUUGGUGGUGAGGUAACAACAAUGUUUCACUUGGACCGUCCAAUGUACUUGUUGGGAUAUCUUGCCAGCCAAAGUAGGGUUUAUUUGAUUGACAAAGAAUUCAAUGUUGUGGGCUACACACUGCUUUUAAGCUUGAUUGAGUACAAGACUCUUGUGAUGCGUGGUGAUUUGGAAAGGGCUAAUGAAAUUCUGCCAUCAAUUCCAAAAGAGCAUCAUAACAGUGUGGCUCAUUUCCUCGAAUCACGAGGCAUGAUAGAGGAUGCUCUUGAAGUAGCUACUGAUCCUGAGUACAGAUUUGAUCUAGCCAUACAGCUUGGAAGGUUAGAGGUUGCAAAGGAUAUUGCUGUAGAAGUGAAGAGCGAGUCCAAAUGGAAGCAGUUGGGAGAAUUAGCCAUGUCUACUGGAAAUUUUGAAAUGGCGGAGGAGUGUUUAAAACAUGCAAUGGAUUUGAGUGGAUUGUUACUUCUAUAUUCUUCUAUAGGAGAUGCGGAAGGAAUAUCAAAACUGGCAACUCUUGCUAAAGAGCAAGGGAAGAACAAUGUUGCUUACCUUUGCUUAUUUAUGUUGGGUAAACUUGAAGACUGCCUUCAAUUGUUAGUAGAAAGCAAUCGGAUUCCAGAGGCUGCCUUGAUGGCUCGAUCAUAUCUUCCAAGCAAGGUCUCAGAGAUAGUGGCAAUAUGGAGAAAAGAUCUCAGCAAGGUUAAUCCAAAAGCUGCUGAAUCUUUGGCUGAUCCUGAGGAGUAUCCUAAUUUGUUUGAUGAUUGGCAAGUUGCACUUGCUGUUGAAUCCAAAGCUGCAGAAACAAGGGGUGUUUACCAUCCUGCAGAGGAGUAUAUUAACCAUGCUGGUAAAUCACAUGUCACCCUUGUUGAUGCUUUCAGAAAUAUGCAGAUUGAAGAAGGGGAUCAGCCUCUUGAGAAUGGGGACUCUAAUCACGAGUUGACCGAACAUAAUGGAGAAGAGGAUUAUACAGAGGGGCACGAAGAACAAAAUGGAGAAGAGGAUUACACUGAGGAGCAGGAAGAACAAAAUGGAGAGGAAGGAAGCCAAGAUGAUGCAGUUGUAGUUGAUGCUGAUUCUUCUGACGGUACAGUUCUCAUUAAUGGUAACGAGGCUGAUGAAGAGUUGAGUACUAAUAAAGAAGGAUCAGUGUAAAAGCAUUUGGUUGGCACAGCGUGAAAAUCCAAAUUUUGUCUCUGGUGAUUGAUUGUUUCUGAUGUGCCUUUGCUAACUCCCAUUUUGACUGCUAGUUAUUUUAAUGCAACUAUUACCCCCGGAGUCCUACCAAUUAUAGUUUUAUCGUGUAUCAUAAUAUUUUACCACAACUAGGCUGUAUAUUCGGGAAUUAGAUAUGAUAUUGUAAAAUUAGGUCCAUUGUCAGUGGUACUAAAUCUCCCAACUUUUUUGAGCUAUUCUUUUUUCAUAAUUUUGUGCGGCUAUUGGUUUUGGGUUUUUGUAACAUUAGUGUUUUGAACAAUCAUGCGGAUAUAAUUAUGCCAAAUAUUUCCUGCAAA